AUGGUCGACGGUGACAUGUCUUCCGCUACCAAAAGUUCGUCUGCUCAAGUUGUACAAGAUCAAGGUGGUGCCGUCAACAUACCUACUCCAUAUUCUCUGUUUGCAUCCGACAACCCAAGAGCGUUGAUAACAUCGGUGAUGUUUACGGGUGACAACUACAAUGAGUGGUCCACGGAGCUAGUUAAUGCACUUAGAGCUAAACGGAAGUUAGGAUUUAUCGAUGGAACAAUACCAAAACCUACUAUUGAUGAUCCUAAAUUCGAGCUCUGGUCGUCUGUCAAUUCCUUAAUUGUUGGCUGGAUUCGUUCGUCCAUCAAAGCCAGAAACAAAGUUCGUAUCCAUCAUCUUAAAGAACAGUUGGCGUCUUGCAAACAAGAUGGACAGUCAGUAAUGGAUUACUUUGGUCGUCUUGCUAAGAUGUGGGAAGAGCUAGACACAAACAAACCCCUCCCACCUUGUACUUGCAGUGCAGUAACUGUCUACGAGAAAGAAAGAGAAGAAGAGAAGGUCCAUCAGUUCCUUAUGGGCUUUGACGAGUCGCGAUUUGGUGUUGUGUGUCAAGGAAUUAUUGCAACAGACGCCUCUAUUGAUUUAGGUGAUGCGUAUGCUAGAGUCGUUUGCGAGGAGCAGCGUCUUGCCUCUUCAAAGGAACGUGAAAUCCAGCAGAGUGCAGUCGGUUUUAUGGCUAAGAAAGAAGCAUCUGAGACACAAAAUUCUGGUCAAACAAGACGAGUAGUUCAUUGCUCUCAUUGUGGAUGUCCUGGUCACGAGAAGGCUAAUUGUUGGCAGCUGGUAGGUUUCCCCGACUGGUGGGAAGAGACACCACCAACCCGAGGUGAUACCAGAGGAGGGAGAGGCGGUCGUGGUCGUGGAGGUUACAGCUCAGACCGCAACAACACUAACGGCACAAAAGUCCACAAUGCUCAUGCUACCUCUUCGAACUCAUCAUCGUUUCCAGUGUUCACCGAGGAACAGUUGAAAGCGCUCACUCAGAUGAUUAAUGAGAAAAACAAAUCGACUGAGAGGCUGACUGGUAAGCUUUAUGGUGAUCUCAUUCUAGACACAGCUGCCUCUCAUCACAUGACAGGAGAGCUCUCGUUUCUAGAAAACAUCACAAGUAUUCCCUCUUGCCCAGUUGGGUUUGCAGACGGGAAUAAAACUUAUGCGACGCAUACCGGUGUCUUUCACUUGUCCCAUAGCAUCACAUUACCAAAUGUGUUGUUUGUGCCGAAUUUAAACUGCUCUCUUAUCUCAGUGUCUAAGCUACUGUGA